GUUAAAACACAAAUUUCGGAACUCAAUAAAUUCAUAAUGUCGACAUAUCUAACCAAUUCUAGUUUCACUCGUCUUCCUCAACCCCUACAUAUAUCUCUCCGUCACACUUGUUAUAACACACCCUUAAUAAUCACACAUAUCUCUUCAUCUUCUCCAAUAAACCAUGAAUGUUAAAUUCUUGUUUCUUCUUUUCCUCUUACCAAUCUGCAUUCAUGGAGAAUGUACAUGCGAAGAAAAUUCAGGCGACCUAAACAACUCCAACAAGACCCAAGCUCUCAUAUUUAAAUUGAUCGCCAUCGCUUCAAUUCUUGCGGCGGGUGCCCUUGGUGUUUGUAUACCUUUGUUUGGGAAGAUGUUUAAAUCGAGUGACUUCUUCUUGUUGGUAAAAUUCUUUGCGGCUGGUGUUAUUUUAGCAACGGGUUUUGUUCAUGUGUUUCCGGACGCUAAUGAGAGCUUGGAAAACCCUUGUCUUGGCGAUACGGCUUGGGGUGAUUUUCCAUUGGCAAAUUUUGUGGCUAUGUUAGCCGCAGUGCUCGUGAUGAUGGGGGAAACCGCGAUUACCAAUUAUUAUAAUAACAACACGGUGGAGGAUCACAUGCAUGUUCAUACACAUACCGAACAUGGUCAUGCACAUGGCUCGUCGGAAGUUCUUGUCAAUCACAAAGUUAUGUCGGUGGUAUUGGAAGCUGGGAUUGUAAUACAUUCAGUAAUAAUUGGAAUAUCAUUAGGAGUUUCGGUCAAUCCCAAAACAAUCAAACCACUUAUUGUUGCUUUGAGUUUUCACCAAAUGUUUGAAGGCAUGGGCCUUGGAAGUUGCAUCACUGAGGCCAAAUUCAAGGUAAGGAAAGUGGCAGUGUUGUUCAUAUUAUUUUCCCUUACAACUCCCAUAGGGAUUGCGAUCGGGAUUGGGAUCUCAAACACAUAUGACGAGAAUAGCCACCUCGCUCUUAUCCUCCAAGGGAUACUUAAUGCUGCAUCGGCGGGGAUACUUAUUUAUAUGGCACUUGUGGAUCUCCUUGCUAUGGAUUUCAUGAAAUCAAAAGUUCAAAAGAGCUCUAAGCUUCAAGUUAUAGCAUUUGUUUCUAUUCUUUUAGGGUUAGGUUGCAUGUCCCUUUUGGCCAAAUGGGCUUGA